UAUCUUUACAUUUUCAUUUUUUUCAGAUUUUUUUCCCUCUGUAAGCUAUUUCUACUUGUGUUUUUUCGAAUUACUAUACAAAAUGGCUUCUACUUCAACUCCUUCUUCAUCCCAGUAUUUACAGAGAAGUUACUUUAGUCCUUAUAAUUCAUUACAAAAGCUCAAACCAUCUUUCCAUGAAAAAUUUCCUUUACAUUUUUCAUUUUUUUCGCCUGCUUCAAGUAAGUCGCUUAUAAUCCUACGUACGAACUCCCCAAAUACUGCAAAAUACAAUGAAAUUGUGGUGGAUGAUGAAAUGGACAGAGUCCGGAGGCUCCAGAACGGGUCAGAUGUCCGAGGAGUGGCUGUGGAAGGAGAAAAAGGCCGCGCAGUGGACUUAACAACGCCAGUAGCCGAGGCAAUAGCAGAGAGUUUUGGCGAAUGGGUGAUUAAAAAAUUGGAGGAGGAAAAAGGAAGGCCGGUGGAGGAUGUUAAAAUUUCUCUAGGGAGGGAUCCUAGAAUUUCAGGGGCUUCCUUGAGUGUAGGGAUUUUUGCAGGGCUAGCUAGAGCUGGCUGUAUGGUGUUUGACAUGGGGCUUGCAACUACACCAGCUUGUUUUAUGAGUACUUUGUUGCCUCCAUUUUCCUACGAUGCUUCGAUUAUGAUGACAGCUUCACAUUUACCUUACACUCGAAACGGACUGAAAUUUUUUACGAAAAAAGGAGGGCUGACAUCAACAGAAGUAGAGAUAAUCUGUGACUUAGCCGCUCGUAAAUAUGCAAACAGACAGGCUAAGGUGUCAACUCUCCUCACCCCUCCCACAAGAGUUGAUUUUAUGAGUGCUUACUCCAAUCAUCUCCGCGAAAUCAUCAAGGAAAGAGUCAACCACCCUGUCCAUUAUGAUUCUCCUCUUCUCGGGUUUCAGAUUGUAGUGAAUGCUGGAAACGGAUCAGGAGGCUUUUUCACUUGGGAUGUGUUGGACAAGUUAGGGGCAGAUACUUUCGGUUCAAUAAACCUGCAGCCAGAUGGAAUGUUUCCGAACCACAUUCCUAACCCUGAGGACAAAGUUGCCAUGGCCUUAACACGAGCUGCUGUACUAGAAAAUUCAGCUGAUCUUGGCAUUGUUUUUGACACUGAUGUAGACCGUAGUGGCGUAGUGGACAAAGAAGGCAAUCCAAUCAACGGUGACAAGCUAAUAGCCCUCAUGUCUGCCAUUGUGCUAAAAGAACACCCUGACUCAACUAUUGUGACUGAUGCUCGGACCAGCAUGGCUCUUACAAAGUUCAUUACUAAUCGAGGGGGACAUCAUUGCUUGUAUAGAGUUGGAUAUCGGAAUGUAAUUGAUAAGGGGGUUGAGCUUAAUAAGGAUGGAGUUGAGGCUCAUCUUAUGAUGGAAACAUCUGGGCAUGGUGCUUUGAAAGAGAAUUAUUUUCUUGAUGAUGGGGCGUAUAUGGUGGUAAGAAUUAUAAUAGAAAUGGUGCGGAUGAAGCUGGAGGGGUCAGAUGAAGGAAUUGGGAGUCUUAUAAAAGAUUUGGAAGAGCCACUAGAAUCCGCAGAGCUCAGAAUGGAUGUUCUGUCGGAGCCUAAACAUGCCAAGGCAAAAGCUAUUGAAGUCAUUGAAACAUUCAAGACCUACAUUGAGGGCGGUAAGCUAGCAGGGUGGGAACUAGACUCUUGUGGGGAUUGCUGGGUAAGCGACGGCUGCCUUGUGGAUGCUACCGAGGCUCCAACUGCUAUCGAUGCACAUAUGUAUAGGGCUAAAAUUUCGGAUGAAAGACACGGAGAAUAUGGAUGGCUACACAUAAGGCAAAGCAUUCACAACCCGAAUAUAGCUGUGAAUAUGCAAUCAACAGUCCCUGGAGGAUGUCAAUCAAUUACAAGAGCUCUUCGAGAGAAGUUUCUUCUGGCAAGUGGAAUGGAUAGUGUAGUUGACACUUCUGAGAUUGACAAGUAUGUGGGGGGUUGAUGGAUUGAAGAUUUGAACGUUGUUAAUUGCUUGGUUGGUUGGCUAGCAUGGCUUCGUGUUGAGUAUGUACAUGCCCCGGCUUAUAAGUGGAAUUUGUAAGUUUUAUAAGUGAAUAAUCUGAGUUAGCAUUCCCAAA